AUGGAUUUGCUUUACCUCAACACGCUUCAGAGUCUUUCUCUGUUUGAAGGAAAUCGCUUGGGUCAAACCAUUCAGGAGCUAAAUAACUUGUACCAAGUGGAACUGAAUGUGUUUUUGGAGUUUGGAAAUGGUUCUGAUAUCCUGGCAGCAGCCCGACGUCCUUUUAUACCUUCUCUUUGGAUUAAAAAUACUAAAACCCAACUCGUUAUGGAAGGAAACUACAGUAGUUGCACCCUUACCGUUUUGUAUCUGGAAGAUGAGUAUCUGCAUCGUGGUCUUAACUAUCUUACAAACUGGCUAUGGAAAUAUCAUUACCUACAAGUAUUAAUAUUUUAUAACGGAGAAACGUAUCAAAAAUUAACAGAAAUAUUCAGCUAUUGCUUUGGUAAUGGUUUUGUUGAGAUACUUGUAAUGAUUCCGAAUUCGAAAGGACUCUAUACCUUUAUGCCUUACCAGAACAUUCGGAUUUUGCACUAUAAUAAUGUCAAAGAGUUUUAUGAUCACUCUCGCAAUAAAACAGAUUUUAAUGGCUAUAAUAUUACGAGUGGACUUGUAACAGCGGGAGCUCCUCGUUCGUUUUCCUUUAGAGAUCGUCAUAACCGGUUAAUCCUAUCGGGAUAUAUGCUUCGGAUGGUUCUGGAAUUUACAAAUCAAUUUAAUGGAUCCGUUCGGCUAAUGGAUGUAGUACGUGUAAAGGAUGGUCUAGAACUUUUGGCUAAUCGUACUAUCGACUUUUUUCCAUUUCUAAUCAGACCACUUCAUAAGUUCGCAAUGACAAAUAUUCUUUAUCUGGAGAAUUGUGGUCUUAUAGUGCCCUCAUCAAGGCCCUUGCCUAACUGCAUUUAUUUGAUCAGACCCUUUACAUUUAGCACCUGGAUUACUUGGCUGUUAACGUUAAUAUACUGCUCAUUGGCUUUAAGGAUUUUAACCAGAGGACAAAUAAGCCUUAGUUCCGCUUUUAUGAUUAUUUUUCGAUUGGUAUUGUAUCUCUCAUGUGGCAGUGAAUUGGGAACUCGACCAUCUCAUCAUCGUUUCUUGCUCUUCAUAAUAUUAACAACUUCAGGAUUUAUAUUAACCAAUCUUUAUCUGGCCCAACUUUCGAGUAAUUUGGCUGCAGGACUUUACGAAAAACAAAUAAAUACUUGGGAGGACUUGGACGAAACACAUGAAAUCUGGCCCUUGAUAGAUGUUGAUGUGACAACUAUGGAACAAUUAAUUCCCGAUCGAAAGGGACUACUGAAACGCAUAGUUCGCACAUCAGAGGCAAAUGUAGAUAUGUAUCGUAGGAAGCUAAAUACAAGCUGUAUUCACUCAGGAUUUUUUGAUCGCAUUGAGUUUGUUCUUCACCAACAGCAAUUUCUAAGAUUUCCUAUUUUCCGGAAAUUUCCGCAUAUCCUAUACCAGCAACCUCUUCAAAUUUCGAUUGCAUUUGGUCGUCCUUACUCAGAGUUGUUCAAUUGGUUUGUGAGAAAAAUAUUCGAAAGCGGGAUUUAUUUGAAAAUGAAGGACGAUGUCUAUCGACAUGGAAUUCAAAGUGACUUAUUGAGUUUCGGAUUUCGUGAUCAGCAUAUGGAAGUGAAAUCUAAUGAUGUGGAAUAUUAUUACCUAAUUGCUUUAUUGUGGUUGGAUGGUUUGUCUUUGGCCACCAUUUCAUUUCUCAUUGAAUUGCUUAUAGGAUCUACUAAAAUAAAAAUAAUUAUACAUUUUAAGACGAUCAAUUAUGAUAGAAAUACAUUUUUAAAAGAUCUAAAACACUAAA